GGCAGGUCGGUCACCGAAGUUACGACACCCGUGUACCUUGAGCGGCAGGCUUCUGGGACGUCACCCCGUGGCACUAUGGUUAACGUGUAAUGGUGGGCAGGGAGGCGCGUCAUGGGGGACCCGCUGGAGGCCGUGGAGGGGUCGGACUCGGAGAUCAGCCGCCUGUUCCCCAAGUGCCGGCCUCGCUCCACCACCCACACGCCCACCACCACACCCACUGACGCCCGCCGUUCUGACGUAAAUCUCAACUGUGUCCUCGACUCAGACGACAACGACAACUACGAGCCACAGCUCACUACCAGCGACCUGCCCAGGAUCUACGACAACGCCAAGCUGAGUCGAGAUAGCGGGAGUAGCGGCCGCAUGUCUGUGGACAGUGGCUCGGGCUCCCACUCGGGCUCUACGCCGGACUCCAGAUCGGGCUCCCACUCGGGCUCCCGGUCCGAAUCCGCCAAGAUGGAGCGCAGUACCGAGGAUGUUGAUAUGGAUGUGGACGUUUCAGUUGUCAGUGCUUAUGACGAUUACGACGACCGUUAUCUCAGGUCGUCUGUGUUAGACUCCUCCUAUGAGGAGGCGCCUCCGCCGCCUCCGCCCACCUCUCGGCCCCAGCCGCAGCGUCGCGAGCACUUCCGCCUCCGAGACUCGCGCAUCGAGAUAGCUGGUGGGCGAGAAGUAUUUAGCCACAGCCGGUCACGUCCCGCACGUCGCAGACACGAUGAGUCGCAGCGGCGGAGAGGGCAGCAGAACCAGCGGCAACAGCAUCAGCACCAGCAGCCGCCACCGCAGCAGCAACAGCAGCAGCAACAACAGCAACAGCAACAGCAUCAGCAGCAACAACAACAACAACAACAACAGCAACAGCAGCAGCAGCAGCCGCAGCAGCAAGAUCAGCAGCAGGAGGACCACCAAUGGCCUGACUCUCCAGGUGGCAGUGAGGAGCGAAGCCACGGGUGCUCGGUGCGGCAGUCACCGUUGGUCUAUGAAACACGACUGGCGGGUUCUUCUGAGGUUGUAUUUGAUGACAUAGGAGAGUGGGUGGCCCGCGGCUUGACUGUGAGGGCUUUAGAUGACAGGCCUGCCUCCCCGGGCUCCCCUACUGCUCAGCACACUGUAGGACCGCCAGAUUCUGGUGACCAAGGUUACUUGGCCGCCUACGAGCGGUCUACCUCACCCUCCGAUUCAGACUCCACCCAAGAGUCCGCCACGCACAAGGUUACCAAGAUUGGCAACGUUCCUAUCGCCGAAUACGAGGGGUCACCGCGGCGGUACGGUCCCCGCCCUUCUCCGAGGACCCACAGUCCCCGUGGAGGACAUCAUGCGCCUCCACCACGACCGCCAAGGCCUGGCUUCCCCCGUCGUGUAACUGCAGAGGAGGGAGCGACUAGGGAAGCCGCCUGUGAGCCUGUGGUGAUGGCUACUAGUGAGGUAAAUUCGCCUCACGAAGAGAACACGGAAACAGUUGUCUCUGAGGAGCCCAGCAGUGACCAGCCAGGGCCGGACUCGUGCUCGGAGGCAGACAGCUCGUCCCCUGGUCCACCCGUUAUAGCCAUAUCCACCCUCACGUCCUCGUACUCAGGGAGCCUCGCCGCGCAGCCUGAGCCCGCUGCUGCCGACACGGAAAUGUAUGACUACUCAUACGAAAUGUCGGAAACCAGAAAAGUCCUGGAGGAAUUCUUCAAGGAACAAGGAGCGCGUGGUGAUGAGUUCCUUGAUCUAGAGUAUCACCUCAAGCGACAACAGGGCAACAGUUAUGUGGGCUUGCGGCUGGCGGCUGAAUAUAGCGAGGAGCAGUCAGCGGGUGAUGGCGGUGAGCAAGAGCCUGCUGCAGUCAACUCAGAUCAGCAGGACAAUUCCUCAGAACACCAUAUCAGUAGCUCAGAUCACCACAACACUAGUUCUGACUACCACAACUCCAUAGAUGUCCACAGCAACCCUGGAGAAAAUCAUGCCAAUGGCGUCGAACACCACAGUAACUCCAUCGAUCAUCACAGCAGUACGGAAUAUCAUGCGAAGGGCUCCGAGCAGCUGAAUAGUGAACCGGAGUCCCGAGACAACCCACCGCCAGAGCACGCCGUCCAUCCCGACCCUGGGGUGGACCACUCCACGCACGAGGUAAGCUCAGCAUCCCAUGGUCCCCUCAGCCACCACCUCGACCUGUCUUAUGAAGCACAGCAGAGAACAGCACAAGAGCAGCAACAGGCACCAGAUAGCUUCAGUAUUAGCAGUAAUCACAGCACUCACAGCAAUAACAGCACGCACAGUGAAGUGGGCGACGACCCGCUUCCAGACGAGCUGCUGGAGGCUGGUGGUGACCCUCUCCAGGAGAGCAGUGAGCUGUAUGACAGGCUGAGUGAGGUAGUGGCGGCUGCCUUAGGGCGGGAAUGUCAUCCUGACGACAGGUCUGGCGACGACAACCCAGGUCUUGAGGAUCUGUCUGGUCACGAAGACCCUGGGCUAUUAGACCUCUCCACCGAGGGGGACCAUGACACGGCCUCCACUAACCCUCGGACCGAAGACUUGGCCGAGGCCGAGGUGGGACUCCAGGUGGGUCACUCCCGCAACUUCACACUCUCCCCCGAGACCACCUCCUGUGACUCAGGGGAUGUGGAAAGUGAUUACUCAGGGGUGGAUCCUGAGGGGUCUGUCCACUCAUCGUCACGGGGAAUAUGUUCUGCCAUGCCUGUCCUAGAGGAUGGCUUGUCUUCAGGGGAGGAAAGUGGCAUGGAAGUACCUGAAGAAGAGGAGAGCAAAGAUUCUUUGUAUGAUCAAGAGCAAGAGGAACUCAAGGUUGAAUUAUUAGAGGAAGAGCAGCAACAGCAGCGGCCUGUGGUUCGUUCCUUGGACGAGCAGUUGUGUCGGGGUGAGCUGCCACCUCUCAACCCAGUCUCAACGCUCAGCUCCCACAACUCACCCCUCCCUAAUGCUGCCAGUUCACCCCAUACCAAACUUCACUCACGAACUUCCUCUCAUAAUAAUACUCAGUCUCCUUCAUCUUCAACACUCAAACUCAUGAAGAAACAGAUCACAGAGAUUGAGAGGGAGAUAGCCAUGAGGAGGCCAGAUGGGGGGCCCAGGAGGGGGGGGCAUGAUGGAGAGGGACCCCAGCCCCCCCUUGACCUGCAUCUACUAGAUCCUCUCAAUGAGAAGAUGCCUGAGCCGCCCCCACCACCUGCACCUCAUCCUCACCGUGGAGGCUCGGCCGCAGACUCCGUUGUAGAAAAUGGUAGUUCAUCCUCAACCCCAAAUCAAAUGCCGGCCGUGUCUCCCAGCCACGUCCUUGGCCACCUGCACUCUCCUCAGUACACUCCAGGUUAUGCGUGUAGCAGAGGCAAGUAUCUGCCCACCUGCAGGAUUUCAGGACCAAGUAGUGGUCCUCACCUCCUAAGUGCCAUGGGGUCCCUCACCAGUCCAGUGCAGCAUAAGGUGGCACCUCACAUGGUUCAAGGCCAUCCAGCAGCACACGACCUUCUCCACAAUGCAGCUUCAGGUGGAGGAGUUCCCCAAAGCCGAGAAAGUGUUGAAGCAGCGAUAGCAGAUAUCAAACAAGCCAUAAGAAGAACAAAAAAUUUGCCUGUCAAAUCUCAUCCACAAGAGAGGUCUCCUGUCAAUGACAAAGCUCCGGUUUGGAUACCUCGGAACAGUGGUGGGCGACGAGAACCUUUGCAGCUGCAGCAUCAACAGCCACCACAACAACCGCAGCCUCAACAACAACAGCAACAACAACAGCAGCAGCAGCAACAACAACAACAAACUCCACAACCGCAUCAACAGGCACCACAACAACAUACGCCCCCACCACAACCACCACAUCCGAGCAAUGGACAACAGUCUCAGCCGCAGUCACCACAGCAGCACAACCCACAGCCUCCGCAGCAGCCCCAGUUGGAGGCGGCAGCAGCGGCGGUGGCGGCGGUAGCAGCCGAGACCAGUAGGAGCCCCGACUCCGGGCGACAUGAGGAGGGUGAGUACAACAACAGGUGUAGCGAGUGCGAGAGGAUUGUGCGAGCCCUGCAGGUGUGUGUCUUUCUGUUUAAGGUAAGUCAUACACCUGUUUCUUUGGUCUCCGCAAGUGGCCGCUCAGUAUUCUUUGUGAGCAGCGUGGCGCGACGUGUAAGUUGGUGUUGAUCUUGUACAGCUUUAGUUUAGAUCUGUUUCCUGGGGAUUCUGUUAAUCUUGUACUGUGCGAGUUUUCAUAUAUUUGUUUUUUUUUACGAAUUUUCAGAUGUUUUAUUUGAUAUGAAUUCAUGUUUACCAUGUCAUACGAGUGUGUUUACGUAUCCGGUGCCAUGUGAAAUUGUAUGAUCUUAAGUGAGCCAAUGUUUGCUUCCAAUCAUGCGAAUGUGCGUUUAGCUUGUGUGUGUGUGUGUGUGUGUGUGUGUGUGUGUGUGUGUGUGU